AUGGGAACUUCCUUCGCUCAACUUGUGAUCUGUGCUCCUUUCUUACCUGAUGGCAGUGGACCUGAUUUUAGUCGCCAGAUCCCUAUUACUGAUGCACUAUCUAGCGAGUCGGUCGAACAGACUAGUUCUACUGCUGGUUCAGGCGCUUCAACUUUAGCCCCCUUAUCUAACUCUCUUCUUCCAUCUUCAAGAACAAUUGGUCCUCUCUCCGCAGCACCUGCGGUGCUAACUCAGGCGGCUAAACUUGGGUCUACCGAAAGCAACCAACUGCCUGCUUCAUACCUUUCUGAAUCACAAUCUCGUCCAGUCACUCUUGACUUAGCGAUAUCUGCUGACAGGUUACCGGAUAGGUGUACUAAUUCUGAGUCGAUACCUGCCACUAUUGAGCCUCCUGGACUUAUAGACGGCGAAAAUAAAGUAGCUGAUAGACGAACAAAUUUGCAUUUUGAUCAACGUACUAGAAACGAUUCAUCUGCAUCAGAAUCCUUAUCUCGGACGGGGCUAAAUUGUCGAGAAGAUCCUCCGUUAUUCUCUCUGGUUGGUGCAAUGGCAACGAGUACCAGCAAAAACUGGGCCUGCACGCCUAAGGAGGAUUGUAAUGAUUACGACACACUUGAGCCAGUCGGAGCCCAGACUGGACCCACGUGCAUCUCUGCAGUUUCCCCUAGAAUUGAUCAAACUUGUACCGUCGGGCAGCCAUUAACCCGUUAUAUGUAUCAGUUUGGACAGUCUGAGUACCACGAUCCUGCCUUCGACAGACGACUCUCCAACAACUUGAUAGACUUCUUCCGCUCUCAGUGGCAUAGACAUGAACACAUAGAGGGGCCGCAAGAACGCUCAAAGACCAUUGCUUUGGUGCAGCACUCUGCCCAGCAAAUGCCAACCGGUGCUGUAAUACACAGAGCCACCUGUGUACAGCAAACCUGCACCGUCCGCUUGAGUGAUCGUUGGAAUUUCUUUAUCAUUUUGGUCAAUUACGUUGAACUCGAUUGCUUUUAA